AUGGCCUCCACUUGCACCGAGUCUAAGCAGAACAUCUCCUCUGCACCUACAGUUGGCAUUGUCACAAUCUGUGGCGGUGGCAACGGCGCACACGUGGCGGCUACUUACCUGUCCGCCAAAGGUGUGCGCGUACAGGUUUUAACACGUCAGCCUGAGCGCUGGGCGGAGGUGCUUGAGUUGAGCACAGCAGGCAGUAGCUGGGAGUCAAAAGGCGUUUUGACUGGUCGUCUCAGUCUUGUGUCUAGACACGCCAAGCACGUUAUCCCGCAGUCGGACGUUGUAAUCGUGGCAUCUCCAGCCAACGCGCAUCCGACCAUUCUAAAACACGUUGCGCCUUUUCUUACAAAAGGUGUCAAACUCGGUGCAUUGUUCGCUCAAGGCGGCUUCGAUUGGGCCGUCAAGAAGGCGCUCGGUGAGGAAAUACUUUCCAACGUUGACCUGCUUUUCGGUCUGCAAAAUAUUCCUUGGAUAUGCAAAGCUACUCAAUACGGGCAAAAAUGCCGCAUCAUUGGCCCCAAAAAGUGUUUGUACGUAGCGUGUUACCCUGUUGAGCGCACGGGGGAUGCAGCGACGCUUAUGCAGAUGCUUUAUGACAUUCCUUGCAAGCCACUUGCCAACUUUUUGAAUCUAACGCUCACGCCGUCAAACCAAAUCAUUCACCCCGCUCGCUAUUAUGCAAUAUUCCGCGACUGGGAUGGCAAAAAAACCUACGCUUUGGAGGAGCUAAAAAAACGCGAUGGGCUUACUCUUUACGCUGAUUUUGAUGAGUUCUCAGCUGAACAGCUGACGAUGUUGGACAAUGAGCUCCAACAAAUCAAGUACGCUUUGCUGCAGCGCUUCCCGGCACUUGAUUUAUCGGAUGUGCUGCCUAUGGGAGACCGCGUGGUGAAACACUACGGCGAGGACGUGUCGGAUCGUUCUUCACUCUUGCAGAUCUUUCGAACGAAUCGUGGCUACGCUGGCUGUGCGACACCGCUGACGGAGCUUUCAAAGGGUCAAUACCAGCCUGCGGUAAACUCACGUCUGUUUUGGGAGGACAUUCCGUUCGGUCUGUGUAUUCUCAAGAAUAUAGCUGAGAUGUUAGGAAACUUUCCAACUCCCCGAAUCGACUUUAUGAUUCGGUGGCACCAGCAGUUCAUGGGCGUUGAAUUCCUGAGCCCUGACGGCCAGCUGAACGCUCGCGAGUUAUGGCGUACGGGUGCGCCUAACAAAUAUGGCGUUCACACUCUCGAAGAUCUUGUCUCGACAUCCCUACCGAAUGAAAUGCGCAACUACCGUCACCCGCGAUCGCGCAUUUAG